AUGACUGGAUUAAUAGAUUUAUUAAAUGCUGAUGAAGCUAUUAAUAAAUAUAAUAGACAACAACAAGAAGCUCAAAGACAAGCUCAUUUUUUACGAAAUCAAAAUUAUAAAAAUCAUAUAAUAAAUAAUAAUUUACAACCAAGAUCUGGAAUUCAUAUAAAUCAAUUACCUCAUAAUAAUAAUAUUGAAACUAUAAAUAAUAAAUUUAAUAAAGAAUUUACAACCAAUUCAGUUAUAGCUCCAAUAAUUUCACCAUCUUCAUCAUUAUCAAAUUCUCCAAUUGAUUCAACUUCAGUUACUUUACCACCUAUUAUAAAUAAUAAUAAUAAUUAUAAUAAUAAUAAUAAUAAUAAUGGUACCUUAAAUAAUUUUAAUCAUAAUACUUUAAUUACACCAGCCACAUCUACAACAUCGAUUCCAACUUUAAAAUCAACAACAAAUUUUAUUCAACAACAAAAGGAGAAUAAUAGUGGUAAUAACACUAGUUCAUCCACUUCAACUAAUCCUUCAACUCCUAGUUCACCAUCGGACUCAUCAACUACUACCACCACUAAAAAAUCUAAACAAUUAAAAGAUCAAUCUUUAUCACCAACCACAACCACAAACUCAAAUAAACCAUUAUUAUUAUUAAGAGAUCAUAUCCCAAAAUCUAAAAUUAACAAAAAGAUAUUAAAUUCUAAAAUUUUUGUUAAAUUAGCUAUAAGAAGAAAAUAUUCCACAAAGAGACAAAAAACAGAUACAAAACAACUGAAAUUACAUAUUAAAUCAUUAAAAGCAGGUAUAAAGAUCAAAUUAACAUCAUGUUCUAAUUUAUUUAAUUUAUAUCAUAGUCUUAUACCAUUCACUGACGAUAAGAAACUUUAUAAAUUAUUUAAUGAUUUUGGAUCAACAAAACAAUAUGAAGAUUUAAUUGAACAAUAUAACAAUCACAAAUCAAUAAUAAAUUACCAUGGUGGUAAUCAUUCAUCUAUUUCUUUAGUAUCAAAAGGUUUACAGUUAAUAGAUAAUAAUGUAGUUGAUUUAAGUGAAUAUUCAAAUAAGAUUUUGAAAUCAUUUACAAAUGAAAUUGAUCAACAAACUCCAACUUUUAAUUCAUUAGAUACUGCAAUCAAUACAUUAUUUCAAUCAAAAAAUUUCACAUUAAUAAGAAUUACAAGAUCAACUACUGAUGAUAUACAUGGAUCAUCAAUAUUAAAAUUAGAAACUGCUAAACCUGGUGAUUUUAAUUUAAUUGAUGAUGAAGAAAAUUCAGAUGAAAUGUUACAUUCUUUGGGACAAAAUGAAGAAAUCCCCAAUAAUUUAUUUUUUAAAAAAAUUAUAGCAAGACCAAGGUAUAAAAGUAAUAUGAAAAUAUAUUUCUUACCAAUUGAAAUUGAAAAUUAUUCAAUAUAUACUGAUUGUAGAUCAUUUGAAAGAGAUCUUUAUAAUGGUAUAAUUCAAUUAGAAUUUGAAAAUUUAAAUCCUGUUAAUGAAUUUGAUAGAUUAGAUAAUGGUAAUGGUAACCUUUCAAUUAAACGUAUUUUUGGAUAUAAUAGAAAUAUUUAUUGUACUUUCCCAAUGGAUAAAGUGUUAAGAAAUUAUAAAAAAUCAGUUAUUGAAAGUUUAGCUAAUGAUGAUAUUAAUGAGGAAGAUGAGGUAACAAAAAUAAAAGAAGAUGAACCAAAAAUUAAAGAAGAAGCUGAAAAAGAAUCGCCGAAGAAUAUUAAAAAGGUUGAUGAAACAAAAGUUGCAAAAAUAGAACCACAAGUUAAAGUAGAGCCAAAACCAAACCAAACACCACCAACAAUCCAUCAAGUAAACCCAAUCCAUCAAUCACCUCCAUCACAUCAAUACUACCAUCAACAACCUUAUCAACAACAAUCACCAAAUCAAAUUAGAUCACAAUCAAUAGAUGAAAUUAGAUUCAAUACAUAUACGAAAAGACCAUCAAUAGUUCCAUUUAAUAGUUUUCCUCAACCGCAACCAAUUUAUCAUUCUCAACAAGAAAAUAUAGUUCAAUUACCUCCUAUAACUUCAAUCCCAGCUACUCCAAGAAUUAACCCACAACAUCAACAACAACAAUAUAAUCAACCACCAAAUAGUUAUUUCCAAAAAUCUCCAUACGCACAAUUUCAUCAACAACCUCAAUUUUAUAAUCAUCAAUAUCAAAUCAAUCAAGUAACUCAAGUGAAUCAAUUAAAUCAAGUAAAUCAAUCAUUACCACCAAUCACAAUACCGUAUCCUGUACAACAACAACAACAACAAUAUUCAGUUCAUUAUCAAAAUGGGGGUUUUCAACAUAGACACUCUAAUUAA